AUGGUCUGCCUUCUCGCCAUCCUUCUAUACACGGGUACAAGAUUGCCGCAAAAGGACCGUCUCAUCAUUACGACCUCGGCGUAUAAAUAUCCGUCUUAUGGAAAUUAUGAAGUUAAUUAUAAUCAACUGUUUCCGGUUCCUAGCCCAAACUCUGGUAUUUACAGGACUCGGAUCACUGUUGAUAGGCCCGGCACUUAUAUAACCGUAUAUUGCUCGAACCAAGUACUAAUCAACGACUUAUGGAGUUUUGUUAGUAAUGGCUUAACCAGCUUGCGGGGUCGCCUCGAUGCAGGAUUUAGCAACAAUGAGUCGUCGGAAAAUGAAUGCUUAAAUUAUGUGAACAAUCUGUAUCGUGAAAAAAUGGAAAUAGACCCACUGCUAGUCUCGGAUCUCAUCGUGCCGCGAUACUGUACGAAAAGGCUCUUGAUCAGUCUUGUUUAUCAACAGAGAAUUUUAUCCGCUAAUUGGCAGGGAUUCACGACAACGUACAGUAAUACACUUUAUCCAACAGUAAAAUUUGAUUUACCGGUGGAAAUAGCGGAUGUAGUGCUGGAUGGUCAAUUUCUCAUGCACGAAUGCGAAGCCGGCCGUCAAGAGGCAUUGGCGUGGAACCAGGGCCAAUUGCAGCUCUUUCGUCGAGAAAGUUUCUUGCACUCCUGGGCGGAGGCGACUAAAGUUGGCUAUGAGCCAUACACGGGAAGACUUAUAGCUAACUUUAUUCAAUCUCAUAAUGCGCAAGUAAAAAAAUUUGUUCAAAAAUUUACCAUAGAGGAUGGUGAAAGUUGUGUGCCUCAUUGUUUUGGGAUCCCGGAUAAAAUUUCCCUUGGACACAAAGGCUUGCUCACCUAG